AUGUUCCAGACAGCAGGAUACCCGGUGCAUGCACCAUACUUUGGCUACAAUGAUUACCAAACCCCCCCAAGGACACCACAAGGACCUACAGACCGCACAUACUACUCCCCGCGGACGUACGUGUACAGCUCGACGCCCACGCCAAAGAGCCAUACUCGCCGCGCUACUGGUGAAAACAUCAAGUACACCACUUACUCCACGCCCCGACCAACUACAACAACACACUACACUGUGAAGCCGGAAUACACCACAUCUGCGCAAUCUACACCUCAGCGUAGGUCCGACUAUGUAAGUGGCUCUCACCGCAAGCGUGAUGGCACUCGGUAUCACUACCAUGAGCCUACGGUCGGCGGAGCGCAGCGGAAGUACUCGAACAGCAAGCAAUAUUCUUCUCAAAGGUCACGAUACGUCUACGACGAGUCUGGCGCAUUCGAGUAUGAGUAUCUGCCGCGCUACGAACAGUAUGAGUCGCGGCCGCCGCCGUACAAGCGCCAGCAGAGUUACCACGAGGCACGCGCUGAUCAUCGCUACUACGAUCAGGUGCCCAUCUACACAGCAGCAGAGUCGACCGAGCGACCACGUCAACGUCGCUCCUCGUAUACGACCACGACCAAGCCGCAGCACGAGCCACCACCACGACCGCGAACUAGUACAUCAAACAAGCCACCACCACAGGCAACCGCGGAAGAUGCGCGUCGCGCUGGUAUACCAGCGGGCUAUUCAUACAAGAAUUGGGACCCGACCGAGGAGCCGAUACUGUUAUUGGGCAGUGUCUUCGACGCCAACUCACUCGGCAAGUGGAUAUAUGACUGGACCGUCUUCUACUAUGGCCCAGCAACACCAAUCACGGAGAUGGCUGGUGAACUAUGGUUAUUACUCAUACAGCUCGCUGGCAAGAUCAAGCGAGCCGAGGACACCUUGACGCGGAUUCGUCAGACCGCAUCACGAGACAUGGUCGACGACUUCCUCGAGUCAGGUGAGCGCCUAUGGCAGCGCUUCAAUAAGCUCCUCAAGAUCUGCGAAAACUACAUGUGGAAGGCUGCAAAGAGGGAGUGUGGCAUUGCGAAGAAGGUCACGAUGGGGAAGAAUAGUGGAUGUGAGUUUGUUGACUCUAUGUUCGGUCGCGACCGCGAACUGGAGCGUACGGAGAGACUCAUGACGGGGCUGCGGUUGUGGUCGAUGCGCUUCGAUGCGAAUUGCGAGGACAUCCUGCGCAAUCCUGCUGCCUAG